CACACACACACACAGAGCACAACACAGUGAUGUCACGGAGGGGGAGUUUGAUUUGGGACGGGUCUGUGUGCCGGACGCCUGGACGGACACUCACUGCAACUGAAUGAUAGUUAAAUCUCGUCUUUUAAAUCGGGAUUUUGUGGUUAAUAACUCACCGAACUGUGUAACCCCAGUACUUCAGGUCCGGACUCCCCAGAGAGAAAAGUCCAGGCUGCUUUUCUGUUUUGAACCAUGGAAGCCCAGAGGAAGCGGACGGCUUAUUGUCACUAGACCCCGUGGAGGAAAAGAAUGGACCGAGUGAAAACUGACCCGACCGAGGAGGACUGAUCCCCGCCAUGUCGCCCUCCUCUCCCUGCCAGGAGGGCUACAAGCCGGCGCCGGUGGCCCCCGCGCCGCCCGUCCCGCCGCGCAGGGUCCGGAGCAGGGACGGGGGCUCCGCAGGGAGGACGCGGCGGGCGGCAGCUCCGGAGAGGCGGGUGAAGUGUGUGCUGGUGGGGGACGGAGCGGUGGGGAAAACCAGCCUGGUGGUCAGCUACACCACCAACGGCUACCCCACCGAGUACGUCCCGACGGCGUUUGACAACUUCUCAGCGGUGGUGUCAGUGGACGGCCAGCCGGUGAAGCUGCAGCUGUGUGACACGGCAGGACAGGAUGAGUUUGACAGGCUGCGCCCACUGUGCUACACCAGUGCAGACGUCUUCAUGCUGUGCUUCAGCGUCGUCAGUCCCGCCUCCUUCCAGAACGUUCCAGAGAAAUGGGUCCCAGAGAUCCGUAAACACGCCCCCUUCGCUCCCCUCGUCCUGGUGGGGACACAGUGUGACCUCAGGGAGGAUGUCAAGGUGCUCAUCGACCUGGCGAAGUACCGGGAGCGGCCCGUGGACCCUUUGGACGCCCGAGACUGUGCCAUGGAGAUCGGAGCGGUGGCCUACAUGGAGUGCUCCUCUCUGACCCAGAAGAACCUAAAGGAGGUGUUCGACACGGCCAUCCUGGCCAGCCUGCAGAAAUACAGCUCACGGAAACGCUCGAGAGGCAAACAGAAGCACCGAAUGAAGGCGAGGCAGACCCCGGACAAGAUGAAGAGUCUGUCUAAGUCCUGGUGGAAAAGGUACUGCUGCGUGGCGUAGAGCAGACCUAGGACUGGAUCGGGCUCUGGUUCUGGGCUGGAGUUUUAAAGAAAACCACAUAAAACCUUGACUGGAACGUGGAAUAUUGUGGAUGAGAUUUACUACUGAGCUUCUAUUUUGAGUCGCCUGGAGGAUUCUCCGGUGUUUAUUCCCUUAGACUGGUUAAACACCAGUUCUGUUCUGGGACCAGUAAAAAAUGUGACAGAGUCACAUCCAGGUUGCUUUUCUCUGGAUUUCUGGUCCAAAAAUACUGAUGGAAAAAAGACAAAACAAC